CUCUCUUCAUUCAGGAGAGAGAGAGAGAGAGGAAAAAGAUGGUGGUGGAUGAGCGGGAGCGUGUGGUGAUGAUGCCAUUCAUGGCACAGGGGCACCUCAUCCCAUUUUCCGCCAUUGCUGAGCUCCUGUCCGAGCGUAACCCCCUCAAAAUCACGCUCGUCAACACCCCCCACAACGCCUCCAAGCUGCGCUCCAUGCUCAAUCCCAAGGCCUCCGGAGCCGUCGAGGUCGCCGAGCUCCCCUUCUCCAGCGCCGACCAUGGCCUCCCCCUGGAUGCCGAGAACACGGAUGCCCUCCCUUACCAUCUCAUUAUCCGCCUCUUCGAAGCCUCCGAGACCCUCGAGCAUGCCUUUGAGAGCCUAGUCUCCGUUAUUGCGCUCGAUGAUGGCCGCCUACCGCUUUGCAUCGUCGCGGACGUCUUCUGUGGCUGGACAGUGUUGGUGGCGGAGAGGCUCGGCACCCAUCACGUUGUAUUCAUUACCUGCGGGGCCUUCGGCACGUUGGGGUUGACAUCUACAUGGUUGCACCUGCUCCAUUUGUGGACUGACGCCGACGAGUUCCUGGUCCCUGUAUGCCGGGAGUUCCCCAUGACCGCUGAGUUCACAUCAGAGUGGCUUCCGGAGGGGUUCGAGGAGGGGGUGAAAGAUCGCGGCCUGAUCGUCAAGGGGUGGGUGCCGCAACUGGUGAUCCUUUCGCACAAGGCAACCGGUGCUUUCCUGAGCCACUGCGGGUGUAACUCAGUAUUGGAGAGCCUAAGCCAAGGAGUUCCUCUCAUCGGAUGGCCCAUGGCGGCUGAGCAAUUCUUCAACUCUAUCAUGUUGGGGGAUGAAAAAGUUGGGGUUUGUGUGGAGGUGGGGAGGGGGAAGGAGGUGGGAGUGGGGAGAGAAGAGGUGGCGAGAGUGGUGGCGGAGGUGGUGAAAGGGGAGAAGGGGGCGGAGAUGAGGAGAAAGACCAGUGAGAUGAGAGAGGUCCUCAGGAAAGGGAUGGCUGAGGAGGAGAGCGUUGGUGGUUCUGCUCUCAGAGCAUUGGAUGAAUUCGUUACAUCGAUUUCUCUUCUCCGAGAAUGGGGCGAGGGAGCGCGGGGGCAAGCCACUGGGGAUCUCAGCCGAAAGCUGCAUUGCCUGGCUCGAUACUCAGCCACUUCCCUCGGUCCUGUACGUUUCAUUUGGGUCGCAGAACGCAGUUUCGGGUGGAACCUGAAGGAGCUGGUAAUGGGGCUGCAGUCGAGUGGUGCAAGAUUCAUCUUGGUGGUCAGACUGCCCUUGGAGUCCCCCAUAACCGCUGAGUUCAGAUCAGAGUGGCUUCCGGAGGGGUUCGAGGAGGGGGUGAAAGAUCGCGGCCUGAUCAUCACGGGGUGGGCGCCGCAACUGAUGAUCCUUUCGCACAAGGCAACCGGUGCUUUCCUGAGCCACUGCGGGUGGAACUCGGUAUUGGAGAGCCUAAGCCAAGGAGUUCCUCUCAUUGGAUGGCCCAUGGGGGCUGAGCAAUUCUUGAACUCCACCAUGUUGGGGGAUGAAAAAGUUGGGGUUUGUGUGGAGGUGUGGAGAGAGAAGGUGGCGAGAGUGGUGGCGGCGGUGGUGAAAGGGGAGAAGGGGUCGGAGAUGAGGAGAAAGGCCGGUGAGAUGAGAGAGGCACUCAGGAAAGGGAUGGCGGAGGAGGAGAGCCCUGGUGGUUCUUCUCUUAGAGCUAUGGAUGAAUUCGUUGCAUCAAUUGUGAGCCCGCAUGUGUAAAGUGUGUCGUGAGUCGUGACCUUUUUAUUUUUGCCGCACAUUGAGCUGCACUGAUAUGCCUUUGUUAU